AUGUCGCGCUUCACUGUACCACCGGGCGACCAGAGUGUCCAGGUUCGAAUCAUCGAUUCUACUACUCGGAUUGACAACUUCCAACUGGGGUUUCUCAUGGAACCUCCAAUGGACGGAAUGGAAUAUAUGUCUCCGCUUCCCUCCUGGUCAUUCCUGAUCGAGCAUCAUUCUGGCCAAAAGCUUCUUUAUGAUCUUGGAACUCGGAAAGAUUUGAACUCGUUUGCGCCGACAGUCUGUGAACAUCUCGAAGCGCAGGGAUGGAAAGUCAAUGUCAAGGAAGAGGUAAUCGAUACUCUCGACAAAAAUGGGAUUGCAGCAACCGAAAUUUCCGCUAUCAUUUGGAGCCAUUGGCAUUGGGAUCAUAUUGGUGACCCGUCGCGAUUUCCCUCCUCCACUGAAAUCAUUGUCGGCCCUGGUUUCAAGGCCGAGUUCAUUCCUGGCUAUCCAGCAAAACCUGAUGCUCCUAUACGCGAAAGUGACUUUGCUGGACGAAAUCUACGUGAAAUAGACUUCUCGAACUCUGUCCAAGUUGGCCAGUUCCGAGCUGUUGAUUUCUUUGGCGACGGUUCGUUCUAUAUCAUAGACAGUCCUGGUCAUGCAGUCGGUCACCUUGGUGCAUUAGCACGUACCACGACUAAACCGGACACAUUCAUUUUCAUGGGAGGUGACCUCUGCCAUCACAGUGGGGAAAUUAGGCCGUCAAAGCACCUCCCCAUUCCUCGUGAUAUUAAACCGAGCUUCGCUACUCCAAUCCCACUUCUAUGUCCUGGUGACUCGGUAUACGAGCAAUUACUAGUCCGACGGGCUGGAUCGGCGGACAAGCCAUUCUUCCGGCCAGCUAUGGGCUUAGAUAUUGAACAGGCGAUAGAGACAAUUGAGAAAGCACAGGUGGCUGAUGCAGAUAACAAUAUCUGGUUUAUAUAUGCUCACGAUCGCAGCCUGUUAGAAUGCGUGGAUUUGUUUCCUUUGCCGGCCAAUGCUUGGAAAGAAAAGAAUUGGCGGGAGAAAACCCUGUGGACUUUCCUUGGAGAGUUUGAAACGGCGAUCAAGCAGAUUUGA